AUGCGAUUCUUCUUCAUAAUCCUGCUUGCUUUUUCAAGUACAGUUUCGGCAACAUUCGAUGGCAAUCUCAAUUACCAUAGCCCGUCAAGGCGGCACCCAGCUCUCGGUAUUGACGUACCGAAAGUUGCAAAGCGUUCCUCUGUGCUUCGCCGUCGGACGAACAACAUCACCCAGAGCUUGAAUUUUACCCAUGGAGUGGCUUCUGGAGACCCUUUCCCACAUUCAGUCAUACUAUGGACGAGGAUAGCACCCCAAAUCGACGCCGAUAGGAGCAACGCCACUGUCUCAGGCCUCGUUCCACUGUACAACCAUGACACGGAGAAGUACAUCCAGGCGGACCCGCAUCCAAUUUGUGUCAAAUACAAUGUCUGGACUGAUGAGAAAGGAAAAAAUGUCAUAGAUAGUGGAACUGCGUAUACGACAAGUGACAUUGAUUGGACUAUUAAGGUCGAGGCCAACAACCUACAGCCAUUCACAAAUUACUAUUACCAGUUCGAAGUUUGCAACCAGGAUGUCAAGAGUACUAUAGGCCGUACUAAGACGUCUCCCACAGAAGAUGAUGAAGAAGCUCAAAUAGGUUUGGCCGUCUACAGCUGCGGCAAUUGCCCCAAUGGCUAUUUUAAUGCAUAUGGUAACGCUGCACGCAAGGACGAUAUCGAUUAUGUGAUUCAUCUGGGCGAUUACAUCUACGAAACAUCGCGCGGCGUGCUUGGUCAGGACCCUCGAGCCACAAAUCCACCAAAGGAGAUAUUCAGUCUCUAUGACUACAGAACUCGCAUUGGUCAAUAUAGACUUGACUCGGACCUCCAACUUUCGCAUGCAAAGUUUCCAUGGAUUCCUACUUGGGACGAUCAUGAGCAAGCAAACAACGGCUUCCGUGACGGCUUUAGUAAUAUGAAUAACACUGAAGACUCUUUCGUUAAGAGUGGUGGUGUCAGUGUGGAUCAGCGUAAGAUGAAUGCUGUACGUGCUUAUUUUGAAUGGAUGCCCAUUCGUCAAGUCGAUAUGGACGACGGUUUGCGGGUCUGGCGCAGUUUCAAGCUUGGAAAGAUCGCAGAUCUGAUCAUUUUGGACACACGGAAUUAUGAUCGCAGUAUUACUGACCUCUCAUACAACGAGGACUACAUCUAUGAUAUUGCGAACGAUGCCGGUCGAUCGUUGAUGGGAUCUCGUCAAGAGAAUUGGUUCUAUCGGUCCUUAUCCGAGUCAGACAAUCGGGGAGCUGUCUGGAAAAUCAUUGGAAACCAGAUUAUCUUCUCUCGCAUCAAUCAGACGGUCAACUAUGGACAAUCUAUGCCAUUCAAUGUCGACCAGUGGGAUGGCUACCUGUCUAAUCGCAACCGGACUUUCUACCAUCUCUACGAGAAUAAAAUCCAGAACACAGUCUUCCUCGCAGGUGAUUCUCACGCGAACUGGGUCUCAGAUCUCGUCUGGCUAGACGAGCACGCCUAUGACGAGAACACUGGACUUGGGGCGGUUGGCGUAGAAUUUGCGGGAACAGCUGUGUCGUCUUCUGGUUAUGCGUCCAAUGUUACAGAUGGACAGCGGCGAUCACAGUCGCUUGUGACCAGCAACCCCGAGCUUCAGUGGUCUGAGGGGUACUAUCGUGGCUACUUCGAGCUGCAUGUAACAAAGAACAGAAUGGAUGCCCGAUACUUUGGAACACCCACUGUGGCCUUUGAGACCCCUCUAGAGCUGAGCCUCGCCAACUUCACGGUCCUUGCUGGAGACAACCAUCUCCAGAGACCAUUGUCGGGCGGAGUCGUCGAGAACGGCUAUCUAAAGGGGGGCCAAGUUAUUAGCACGAACGUGACCCUGAACACGGAGACCGGGGAGUGGAACACCACAAGUUUCCCAGUCAAUUACAUCCAGUAUCCCCGUACUUAAGCCGACCAUGUUAAUCGACACGAUAGAGAAUGUAAAAAGAUGCGAUUGUCGUGUUUACAUUUGAGCAAAGUCUAAAAACGCUACUGAUGCUAGAUGGGCUAAUCAUAUUCAUCA